GCAAGCGCAAUCAGGCAAGCAACCCAACGGCGAGUGCGCAUCGAUACAGAGGAAAAGAGAGAGAAGCCGCGCACGCCGCACUCCCACCAGCCACCCGGGCGAGAUGGCGUCCGGCGUGUCGGCGAGCAUGGCGCUCACACUGGCGGGCUUCUGCUUCAGCGUCAUCUUCAUCGUCUUCGUCUGCUCCCGCCUCGCCUGCGCCCUCCUCCUCCGCUGCUCCCGUUCUCGCCGCCGCUCCCCCGCCCUCCCGCAGUACGCCUUCGCCGUGCACGUCGCGGGAGGAGCCGGCGCCGGGGGACUCAAUCCCGCCGCCGUGGCCGCCUUCCCAACCCGCGCCUUCGCCGCCUCCGACUCCUCUGACGCCCAGUGCGUCGUCUGUCUUGCAGAAUAUGAAGAGAAAGAUGUGCUACGCUUACUCCCUUACUGCGGUCACAAUUUUCACAUGGCCUGUAUAGAUAUGUGGCUAGAGCUGAACUCAACCUGCCCAGUCUGUAGAAUCUCAUUGCGUGAUAACCCUGAUAGCAAACACACUGUUCCUCUUCCUCUGCCUAGUGCAGUGAUAAGCCCUACAUGUUCUCCUCCACAAGCGUCAAGAUCAGAUCCAUGCCACUGCCUGUUUGUCAGCACAGGGCAUUCAUCAAGGGCAUCAGAGGUUCUUAGACAUGAACCCGACCAGGAGAAUCAGAUAGCAUCUGGUCCAUCAGUGGAUGGGGCAAACAACUUGCCAUUGUCCGAGGUUAACUCCCCUCGUGAAAAUAACAGCCAAACGGUAAGAAAUCUGGUGGAGAGAUCUACCCAGCUAGGGCCCUGCAAAUAGCUGCUUGGAGUUUUUUUUGUGCAAUUUGCAAGGGUGAACUGCCUGUAAAAUGAGAAACAUGCACACAGGUGGAUGGCUGUUAUAAGAAAGAUUUGAGGGGUUUGGUGUAAAUAUGAGAAAUCAUUCAGGUUUCUUGGUCGCAGAAAAACACAGUUUAUUUUUUAGAUUCAACGGCUGAUUGUGGUAUCCCACGUAGAGAUGACUCUGAUAACUGUGCAUUUGCUAAAAGCUAAUGCCUGUUGUUGCCAUCAGCAAAUAA